CGCCCCCGGGAUGGCGGCCGGGGUGCUGCUGGCGCUGGCUCCAGUGGCGGCAGGGGCGAUCCUCAGCUUUGCAUCCUACUAUGGCGACCACAUGGUGCUGCAGAAGGAGCCGGCGGGGGCCGUGCUGUGGGGCUAUGGGGAGCCGGGGGCCGCGGUGACCGUGGCGCUCUCUGGGGAUGGUGGCCUUGUCCUUAUGAAGAAGAUGGCACGAGUUAAAGAACCUUCUGGGACAUGGACAACCAUCCUGGACCCUAUGGAUCAGGGGGGUCCCUAUGCUCUGACAGCAAGGCAGGGCUCGGAGAAUGUGACGUUGAGGGACAUCUACUUUGGGGACGUGUGGCUUUGCAGUGGGCAGAGCAACAUGGCCAUGACAGUCCUGCAGAUCACCAAUGCCAGCCAGGAGCUUGCCGCCGCCUCUCGCUAUCCCUAUGUCCGUGUCUUCGCCGCGGCUCCUUCCCGCUCCGACAUCGAGCUGGAGGACCUGGAGCGCAUUGACUUGCCAUGGUCCAUCCCAACGGCUGAGAACCUGGGCCAUGGGAAUUUCACCUACUUCUCGGCUGUCUGCUGGCUGCUGGGACGUCACCUCUAUGAAGCUCUGAGCCCAGCUUUGCCUCCCAGCAUCUCCCCACACCAGCAUCUCUCCGGCCCUCAAACACCCUCGGUGCUCUGGAAUGCCAUGAUCCACCCGCUGCUCAACAUGACGCUGCGGGGGAUCGCUUGGUACCAGGGCGAGGCCAAUGCCUUCCUGCACACGGACCAGUACAACUGCACCUUCCCUGCGCUCAUUGCCGACUGGCGCCGGGAAUUCCAUGCGGGAUCAGGCAGGCAGACGGAUCCACUCCUCCCCUUCGGCUUCGUGCAGUUGUCCACCUACCGCCGGCAGAGCCGCCAGGAUGGCUUCGCCCGGCUCCGCUGGCACCAGACAGCCGAUGUGGGGGUCGUUCCCAACGCCAGGAUGCCCAGAACCUUCAUGGCUGUGGCGAUGGAUCUCUGCGAUGAGCACUCGCCCUAUGGCAGCAUCCACCCCCGGGACAAGCAGAACGUGGCGCAUCGCCUGCAGCUGGGCGCCAGGGCUGUGGCUUAUGGGGAGAAGAACCUAGUUUUCCAGGGGCCAUACCCAACCCGAGCUGUCCUGGAGGUCCCCAGGGCUCUGCUGAACGUCACCUACAGCCAGCAGCUUGUCUGGCGCCGGAGGGACACGCCAGCAUUCGAGGUGUGCUGCUCCAGCCCCGUGUCCCCGUGCGGGUGGCUGCCAGCUCCCGUGGUGGCAGUGGGGUCCCACACGGUGACACUGGCCCUGCCUGGCUGCGGGACGCUGGUGCUGGCCCUGCGCUACGCCUGGGCUGAGUGGCCCUGUGAGUACCAGUCCUGUGCCCUCUACAACACCCAGGGGCUGCCUGCACCCCCCUUCCUCCUGGAGACCCUGAGGAGCUCCAACAGAGCCGGAGACAUGGAGCUGCUGCUCCUCCACCCCAGCUCCUCGCUGGCCUGGGGGGUUUAGGGCUCUCCCAAAGGAUUUAGGGGCUGGAGGAGGGAGCUCAGGCCGCUCCGAGUGGCUCCGGGCUGCUGGCACGCAUUCAGGGAGGCAGCUGGCUUCAUUAUAGCCUCCCUAAUUAAACAGCUCCAGCUCCUCUCUGGCCUGGAGUCAAGGCUGCAGGGGGAAAAAAUAGGCAAUUUAAAAGGAAAUUAAGAAUGAAGAGAAGCAGCAGGAUGGGAGCUGGUCCUGGUCCCCCCUAGGGACAUGGGGUGCUGACCCCCAGGGCAGGGUGCUCACAGCGCCCAGGACCAGCCUGUGGUGGGACCACAACCAAAGGGUCAGAGUGGGGCUGGGCUGUGGAGCUGCAGAGGUGCCUUCCUGCUCCUGCUGUUAAGAAAGAGUUAAUAAACCAGCUCGAGUUA